AUGGACGAUGACGAGAAACCCAGCUCGUCCUUCGACACCGAGCUGGUCAGCGUCAAGCUAGAUCCGUGGCUCAACACCCGCUACUCGUGGGUGAUCUGCGCUUGUUGCGCCGUGUGCAACUUCUGUACCUGGGGGUUAAAUCUGGGGUUUGCCGUGUAUUUCCAACACUAUAUCCACGACGAUAGCUUUCCUGGAGCUACCAAAUUGGACUAUAGCUUUGUUGGUGGCAUUUCCUAUGGUGCCUUUCUUGCUGCUUCUCCCCUUAUUAAUUACCUAUGGGUGCGCCUUGGUAAGUAUGGUCUCACCACGAUCUUGGUGCUAGGUACUGUGUGCCAGUUUGCUGCGCUUAUGCUUGCCAGCUGGCUGAAGAAGACGUGGCAGUUAUAUUUGACUCAGGGUUUGCUCCUUAACGUUGGCCUCAGCUUUAUCUCGAUGCCGGCAUUGACGUUACCUCUGAUGUACUUUUCUAAGGAUAAGCGAGGGUUGCCGUCGCUGAUCUCGGCGGCGGCUCUGGGGCUUGGUGGGGUCUUGUUCAACCUCAUGUGUGGCCGUAUCGUCAAGAUAAACUCCGUGGGGUGGGCGUUGAGAGCGCAGGCGUUCAUCAUCGCCUUCCUCAUGCUAUUCCCCAUCUGGUUCGCUCGUGAUCGAGCGGAAAUGAGAGUGUUUCCUAAAGCUAACUUUGGCAUCUAUAAGCUGAUUACCUUCUACUGGUUGUCGCUCUACACAAUUACGCUGACGUUUGGCUAUCUUGUGCUUUUGUACACUUUGGGACUGUUUGUGACAUCAUUGGGCUACUCUCAGGACCAAGGGUUCUUGGUAUCGGCGCUUGUCAAUCUCGGUCUGGUAGUGGGACGUCCUCUUAUUGGGUAUCUAUCUGAUUUCCCCAAGACGGGUGUCAUAUCCACCACCAUCAUCGCCCACCUGAUCUCGUGUAUCCUCUGUCUCGCGAUGUGGAUCCCUGCUCGUAACUACGCCACCUGUGUCGCGUUUGGACUCAUGGUGGGUGCCGUGAUGGGCCUGAUUUUCGGCAUGUUAGCCCCUUCGUGUGCCCGCAUUUGGGGCGAUAGCAUCAUGAGGUAUGCAUUUAGUAACCAGUGGGCUUUAUUGGGGAUAUCUGCGGUAUUUUCGCCUCCCAUCGGCGCCAGUCUCACUAAGUUUAAUGGCGGUGAAGUGAUGCCAAUGCUGUUCCGAGACUGCUCGAUUUGGGUGGGUGUGUGCUAUUUUGUAUCGGUGAUGAUGCUUCUCCUUAUACGCGGCCACGUCAAAGCUCGCGAUGCCCUCAUCACCCAGGACCCUAGCAUCACCGAGGUUAAAGUACCGAUGCGGAUGGUAUUCACCCACAUGUUCACCCUCAAAUACGAUCGUGUAUAA